AAUGGUUUGCAUCGAUGAAGAGAAAGAGAGAGAGUUCUUUUUGGACGCGUGAUUAUAUCAUGGUGGUAAUGAGUUUUUCAGUAUUUUAUUUUCUUCUCGGGAGCUUUCACUUGGUGCGGCCUACCCACCGUUUCCCCCGAUCGCCGUUCUUGCGUGUACCGUACCAGCAGUAGGUUUCUCCGCAUCUGUUGCGCGACUGUGAUUUUUCAUUUUGGGCGUAUUUGUUUUAUUAUUAUUUGGUGAGGAGACAUUAGUAGUUUCUGUAGACUUGUUGGUGGUAGACGCUCUGUAACAUCGGUGGCUUUAAUUCUUUAAAUUGAAGCCAUCAUUUUUCCUUUCGUGUCGGACGUGUCGGAUCGUCAACAAUAAUUAGGCGAUCCGACGCUAGGUUUGCUGCUGUCGUCUAUGUGUAUGUGUUUCUUUUGCCACCCGAAACUAAAAAGGACUGCCCUUAAAAGGCGACAAACAAAGGUAGCAAGAGAGUGAAACAGUAAAACACUUGUGUAAUCUUUUGAAAGUCUUGUUAAGUAUAGUAAUCCAGCUUGACUGAAACAGAUAGCGAAUCUGUAGGGAGGGGUUGCAAUUUUUAAAUAUUAUUCGUCGUAUCUGACUGUCAGUCGUACGUUGUGUUUCUACUCUAGCACACAGCAGUCUACAAACACACACACACAAGUCCAUAGUCACACAACUACCUACUGUUUACGUGCCUUCUGCCCAGAAUGUGCCGUUGAUCGAAAAGGAUUCUCAAUGAGAGCAUGUGUAUGCUAGCUAAGAGCGAUCUAGAUGGUGGUGAUGGCUGCAUACCCCCAACAUACUCUCAAUGUUAAUAGUGAAGAUGUGGCCUCUCCAGGAGGCACAAUCAAGAAAACUGACCUUCAGCAACAUCUUCAGUUUAUGUUUGCACUGCUUCCACAAGACCAUGUCUUGAAGGAAGUAGUCCGACUGGAGUCAACCCAUCCAGGAAGGAUUCGCUACCUAGCAGUUGUUGCUUGUGCCGGAAGUCUGCCUGAGGAAGAGGAAGAAGCCUGUGUUCUUGGCUUUGACUGGAUAGGAGAAAAAACAACAUUGGGUCUGGUGCUGUGCAUCUAUGCAGAUGCAGGACUGACACUAGAUGGCGAUGGCGGUUUCAGUUUAUGCUCCGGUGGUAGCCAACAUGUUUUUAAGCCAGUCAGUGUUCACGUUUUAUGGGCCGUCAUCCAAAGUCUGCACAAGGCAUGCGACCGGGCUCAAAAGUACAAUCAUUAUCCCGGGGGAGGAACUCACAGAUGGGUUGAAUCCUAUCGCAUCACUUCGGAUCGGUCCAGUCUGAAUGAGUGGAACUACUUGCCGGACGUGGAGUCAAGGCGGCCGCCAUCUCCACAGGAUCAGAAAGCGGAUCGCGAACGACUAAUUCGCUCGACUCUCAAAGAAGUGAUGAUGACAUUAGAUCUAGAUGACGUCACGUCUGUAGACAUUCGUCGCCGAGUGGAGGAGGAAUUGCAGAUGGAUCUGACAGACCAAAAGUCUUUCCUUGAUACAGAAAUGCUCACUAUUCUGGGCCAAAUGGAUGGAGCCAGUCGAAUAUUCGACGACCUCUUUCUUGGCUCGGAAUGGAACGCGUCAAAUUUGGAGGAGCUCGAGCGCAACGGAAUUGGGCACAUCCUCAACGUGACACGCGAGAUUGAUAACUUUUUUCCCGAUCAGUUUGAUUACCUGAACAUCCGAGUGUACGACGAUGAAGCCACCGAGCUGCUCAAACACUGGGAUCGGACAUUCAAGUAUAUCAGACGAGCUGUGGAAGAUGGAUCUAAGGUGCUUGUCCACUGCAAAAUGGGAGUCAGUCGGUCCGCUUCAGUCGUCAUAGCCUACGCAAUGAAAGUACGACAUUGGGACCUACCUCAAGCCUUGAAGCAUGUUAAAGAUAGACGAGCUUGCGUAAAACCCAACGCUAGUUUCAUGCAGCAAUUGGAGAUUUACGCCGGAAUACUGGACGCAUCCCGACAGCGUCACAACAAACUUUGGCGAUCCAAGUCGGAGACUAAUCUUGCCGCCAAAGUAGUAGGGUCAAUACAUCCUGUUCGGCGGCUGAUGACUUCGCAGGAUAAAGAACAAAAACAGCAACAGUCGGGUAGUGCCACAGGAUCGAGCGUUCCAAACUCACCCACCAGACAGCAACAGAAGCAGAUCAGUGUGAUAACGGAAUUGCUGGUCGAUUCCGUCGACCAACAACAAGAACAACCAGACGAAAAGGAUUCGCCAAUGGACACGCUGGAUAUACUGGAAGGAGAUCUUGGCCGUCCAAAGUCAUGGUCACCUGAUGACAGUUUGGCUGAAACUUUUUUCCCUUCUCAGCCAGAAGCUUCUGAAACUGAGCUACAAGAAUCGACGGCCAACCGAACCGUCUGCGUCAGUCUUCGAGUACCUUGCUCCAAUGGCCGAACGUACAGCGUAUCGCAAAAUCGAGCUGUUAAACUGGAAUCCAGUCCACCGCCACCACCUCCACCACCCCCAGCGAAUUUCUUCUUCGAACCAUCGGAAUUAAGCUUAAAUUUUGAUUCGGUCGAGUCUUUUAAUGGAGUCGUAUUAGAAGUUCCAGGCGAAUCCAGUACAGAUCCGGAUGCAUCACCACUGCCAGAGCAUUUUACCAGUCUACCGCGUGUCGGAAGUGUCAAGGACCGUAUCUACGAACUGGAAGCCGCCUCAGUUCUUCCAGGAACGCCCGUUCCAACCAGUCGUCCAACAGGUCUUGUUCUGAAUAUGAAAAAUCCGUGGCAAUUUGGAAGCAACAGUCCCCAGGCUGAUCCGGUUGUUGCGGACGUUUUAUCGAUGAUGCCAGGUGUCCAAUCGAAACCAGUGCCUACCACUUCUAGUGUUACCAGUGCUCGCAAACGACCAGAACAAGAAGUCAAAAUUUCGGAUGUCUUUUCAGAUCGUGUCGAUCGUGUGUUUGAGCGCGAAGAAAGACGCCAGUCGGAUGGAUCUAUUCCACGCGAAUCGCCUCUACGACAGCGAUCAUGGGGCGCUACCGAGACUCGAUCUCGAGCUGUCCCUGUAACGAAUAACACAAACUCCGAUUCACCAUCGAGAAUGCCCAGUUACUCCAGCGACCCGUCACUUCCAACAAUCCCGUCCGAAGAACAACAGGAUUCUUCGCUUCCAAACGAAUGCAGCCGAGGUUUAGUGCGGAUGCAACGAGAAGCGCUGGAAAAAGCCAACAACGGACAUCAGCAACCACAGCAACAACGAAGAAGUUUGCCGGAAGAAUCCGUUUCUAACGCUCUGUUGUUGAGCAGGAGCAUCUCCGACACUGCCGAAACAUCGACUGAAGGCAUCAGCGUUAUGCGGUUGCGGAAAGCUCUAGAAGCCAAAGCUACUUGCCCUCUGACCGGAUCUUUCGCUCCCCCUCAAUCUGUUUUAGCUGCGCUAGCUGCGGCUUCGUCACAAAGCACCCAGACCAGUCCAACUCGGCAAAGGCCGGCUGCUGGAAGAGAAAGACUCCGCAAACGUAGCCUCAGCCUUGAGCGGAUGACCUACUCUCCUGUUCAAGGACCUCAAGAUUGGAACAGUGCAGCCCAAGCAGCGGCCGAAGAGGUGGAUCUGAAUGUCAAACUUCUUGUGGGCUUGUUUGAAACACCACACCGACCUGUGAAGAAGAUGGACCGACCUCGCGGAUGGUCCGAGAGUAGCCUGCACACUCCCAGUUACAAGCCUAGUAAUAACGUCCCGCAGCGCCGUUCUUUAGCCGCAAAACCCCCUGUCCCGAACGAUCCUUUCAUCCCCAUGGCUCAAUCACCUCGCCCGGCCGUCAAAGAGCGGAAACUUUAUGGUAAGACGCACCCGCUUGAUCGUCUGACAGCUGGCGCCCGCCAACAGAAGCUCGCACAACCUGUUUUUGGUACCAUGUGACCCCCCUGUCCGGUCUGCCGCGCCAUUCUAUUUUUUUCAUCCGAGCCCCUUUUUCCCUUACCCCUUUUUUUGUGUUUAUUUUAACCUUAUUAUUUAAAAAUUUGCAUACAAACAAAAAAAAUUCGUUUCAAAACAUCUGGCAAGUCCAGGUGAUGUGAUAUGAUCCUCUUAUCUUCUUUCCCCUUUUCUUGCUAGUCAACCCUGCCUCCCUCUCUAUCCUGUCUUUAACUCGUCUCUUCGCUAUUCAAUUUUUUGUUUAAAUUUCAUCGAGAUUAAUUUCGCCAGUUUUUUUUUCACUUACCGCGCUGUCUGUGUGUGCAUUAUUAUAUAUAUAAAUAUUGAAGGGUAUUGUCUUGUUGUAAAAUAACGAAAUAAAUCAUCCAAUACAUUGAACGGAUUUUCAAAUGAAAA